CUUCACCGACAAUGUUUACAGAAUCACAAACUACAUGUGAUAAAGUUUAUCAAGUGCAUUCUUUUCUGCGUAAAAUUACAAUUUUCCACCAGUUAAAAAAUACAUUUUUCCCUUUACUACCAUCUCGCAUACUUUUUAAUACACUGUGAUGUGCUUUUUAUAAAAAAUCAAUCAUGUUGUAUCGAAAAAUUUUAACGAAAGCGUUUUCUAACCUCACUUUCUCUCACCGGUCUUCCUCGUGCUGCAAAUUGUCUCGUUCGUUUUCCGAUAAAUUCACAUCGGACAAUAAUGAUCUCCCUGAAGAUUCAAAAGCUGCGGAAGUGUCAAAACUUCUCGAGGAUGCGACAACUUUUAGCGAUGCAAAUGAUCCAAAUUGGGCGAAGAAUCCCUAUCCUGACACUGCACCGGUGAACUUGCAAAAAGAGCCGGAAGCACCGAAAGUUCUUCCAAAUGAUAAUUCCAUUAUUCUAUUCCCUGGACAGGGUACACUUAAGGUUGGCAGGAUAAAAGCGUAUUUACGUUUUCCACGAGUGAAAGAAAUGUAUGCGAUAGCGAAUGAAAUUUUAAAGUAUGAUUUGAAAAAAUUGUCAUUGGAAGGACCACAGAAGGAAUUGAAUAAAACGGAAUUUAAUCAAGCAGCAACUGUUGUUGCGAGUUUAGCGGCAUUGGAAAAUUUAAUCGAAGAUCGGCCAAAUGUUUUGGAUAAUUGCAGAGCUGUUGCUGGAUAUAGUGUUGGUGAAUUUACAGCUUUAAUUUUCUCGGGAGCAAUAGAUUAUGAAUCUGGAAUUCGACUUGUUCAACAUAGAGCACUGGCAAUGGCAAAUGCUGCUGAACGUUCGAAGCAAGGGAUGAUGUAUGUUUAUACAAAAGCCGGAUCAAAUAUUUUUCAAGCUUGUAAGGAUGCUGAAUCAUGGGCAAGAGAUUUGGGAAUUAGUGAACCUGUUUGUCGAAUUGCAAUUUACUUACACACUCAAGGAAAAGUAAUCGGCGGAAAUGACGAAGCUCUUAAUUUCUUAAUGGAAAAUAGCUCAAAAUUGGGUCUGAAAAAUGUAAAGAGAAUUCCAGUUUCCGGUGCAUUUCACACACCAUUAAUGGAACCAGCAAUUAAACGUUUUAAACCAACUUUAUUUAAUACGAUAAUUGAAAAACCCCGAAUAACAGUGUACUCUAAUUGUAACGCCGAGUAUUAUCGCGAACCAGAAACAAUAAGAAGACAUUUAAUAAAACAUCUAGUGCAGCCUGUAAAAUGGGAGCAAAUUAUCCAUAAAAUAUAUGGAAGAUCACCAGGAAGUACUUUUCCAAGAACAUUCGACGUUGGAUCUGAUGGAACGCUGAAAAAUACACUGAAAUUAAUCAAUUCCAAAGCCUGGGACUGGUGUUACUCUGUUUGACACAUUUCUAUUCUACUUAAUGAACCAGUUGAUUUAUUUAGUAAGUAAACAUUUAUUUUCAUUUUUUGUAACAUUUAUGAUUCAACUGAAGACAUUGAAAACAAUUUGUAAAUAUACCAGUGUCUAGGAAGUUUGUACAAAUGAAAAAAGUUUACUUUUUUAAUAAGUUUUGUUUAGAAAUUGUUUUUGUUUCAAAAAUCCAUGUUCUUAAGGUUUUAAACGUUCAAAUGAAUGA